AUGACCGGUAGUGCCAUUGUGUACCACCUAUGCAAGGACUUGCAGUAUGAGAAGAUAUACACCCUCUCCCGAAAGAACCCCGUAAACUAUAACCCAAAUGUCCAACAUGCCACUCUAGACCUGCAAGGGUCGGCGGAAGAGUUGGCCAAAAAUCUGAAAGACGUCCCCGCCGAAUCAUCUAGUGGUUCCAACAUUAUCUCCGGGGAAUGUGACGAUGCUGUUAAACUCUAUCCAAGUGUUGGAAAUCACCGGUGCAAUCAAAAGACUGAAGCGGUUUGUUCUGCAUGUGGGUUGAAGUAUUACGGUGUCCAUCUGGGGAAUUGCAAGCAGCUGGCCGUUAAGGACGAUCCUACUCGAGAGAAUCACUCCUGGCCUCCCAAUCUCUACUACGACCAACAACGAAUUCUCAAGGAUGCAGCUGCCCGCAGCGAGUGGGAAUGGAUCGUGACUCUGCCCGAGGACAUCCUGGGCUAUGCACGAGGAAAUUUCAUGAACGAGGCCACUGCACUAGCGCUCCCUGGGCCGGAAUUACCGUUCCCUGGUUGCAAAGCCAACUACUUCGCCUUUAAUUGUUGGACCUCAGCAAACCUCCACGCGAAGUUCUGUCUCUGGGCCAGCAACGGCGCCCAACACCGGGAACCAUAUCUUCAACGUAAUGAAUGGGGGGAUACUCAAUCAUUCCAUGAUCUCUGGCCACAGCUCGUGGCGCGUUAUGGAUGCAAGAUUUCUAACUCUAUGUUUCCGCAGGGUGGUACCCCGGACACCAACGGGGUUGCUCAAUAUGAAGCGAUUACAGUACGAAUGAGUAACCGAAAUCCGAUCGCAGCACAUGCACAAAGGAUCGGUGUCUCGGUGGAUGGUUCCCUAACCCUAUUCCUCCAAAUUGAUCCAGAGAAAUGGGAGAAACGCAAGGAUGUAAAUGAAGCCUUGGGGAAACUACACGAUAGAUAUAAUCUCGAUCAAAAGUCGUGGGAAAGCGCUACAGGGGACUUCUUAACUUUUAUUCUGGGGAAGGAUUGGAGUUGUGUUAGUGCAAUGAGUAAAGCGAGAGGCUUGGGAUGA